CGAACCAACAUAUUCGAAAAAGACGGAGCAGUCACAUAUGGAGGGGAAAAGAUCCAGAAUAAUCGAAAUACUCCGUCUAUUGGUGCAGUCGGAACAUAGGACUAUCGUGGGGCGUAGAGAUGAGGUGUUGAGGACCUAAAGCAUCAUCAUGGCGUCGUUGUAGGAGGCGGUAAUCAUGGUCGUGGUCUUGUCUUUUUUUCUCGAUUCACCCACUUACUUGGUAACUGGCGCGCAGCAAUUCACUGCCUGAACCAAGCAUCAUCAUUUGUCGGUGGACCGGGGAAUCCUCGGCGAUAAGAUAGGCCAACGGUUCCAGGUUUCAGAGCCUCGUUCACGGACCACCCCCCGCCAAACUCUCACCCACCAGCAACACGUGCAUCUCUCACAGCUGCCCCACCUGGCGCCUGGGAAGUGUUUCUUUCAAAAGGGCACGUCUUCCCACCCGCACCGCUGCCGCCAAUCUCUUCUUCAUUCAUCCUCCUCUUUCUCGCCGUCGCUGCGGCCGCUGACCGACUGGCAGGGCAUCGCCGUCCAGCGAAUUCAAUCAGCAAACUGUCGCCGGAAAUUCUCACUGCGCUGAGUCGGAUUCCGUUCUCCUUGGCUCUCGAAUUCUGAACGUCAAAACCACUCACGGACAGCAUUCAUUGCUGCACUUCUCAUUUUCUUGUCUCUUUCUCUACGUUCCGGCCAUUUUAGCUGUUGAGGUUGUGCUCUCUGGCUAUUGACGUCUCCAACUCUCCAGCUUUUGCUUACGUGUGUCUCCCCCGCCCCCUCUGACACCUUCAGCACCUCGGAUCGCUACAAGGUCCUCCCUCUCGCUGGUCUUGUUGAAAGCCGCCGCUCAUAUCGAGUCUUGGACGCGGGGUGGUGCUGCGCUGGGCAUUUCCUUAUUUUACUGUUUUUGUUGUUUUCUUCCUCGCAGCCUGUUGCCCAGGGUGCUUGAGGAGUUGCUGAGUUAUAGACAUUUACAAACUACUUCCCGUAUCUGAAUAUCAAGAUGAGCUUGUCCAACUUCAAGGUUGAUAGAGGAACAAUGUGGACAAUGGCAUCUGAAACUGCUCCUUUGCUGCUCUUUGCACCUGCCUUAUGGCUGCCGAUAUCAACCGUUUCAUCCCAUCUCAAUACCAUUCAUCCAUCAUCACCAUCGACUCAACAAUAAAACCUGCUCACAAUGACAGGUAUUGUCUUCAAAUAUCGAGCUUGGUUUCAAGUAGCCUCAACAGCAUCUCUUGAUGAGAACCACAGAAAUCGGCUCACGUGACAUGAGCGAGGCCUGCGGUCUGCGGGGGCUGACCGUGGCGGCUGAGGAGAUCCGAGCGCUUACCGAUGAGAGGAGCGUUCAACCUCUGAAUUUUGACAUGCAGGUCCGAUCACGCCGCAUCCGCAACGACCAUCCGCGAGUCCCUGCAUCUUUAGCUCUCAUGUUACAAGGCUGAGAGCCAUUAUCACUCACUAUUGCUAUUCAUCUCUAUGUUGCUGCUGCUGUCUGGCCGGGCUGGGAUCAAAGGAGGAGGAGAUUGAAGUGCGGCCGAGUCUGCUGCUCACUGAGUGUCGCCAAACCGCCUGGGCUCAACUACCCCUGAACUGUGAUUUGGUUGUUUCGGAGGAUCGCGUGGACUUGAGGACUACCUAGCAGUGCCGAAGCCCCCUAUUCGAAUGCCAGGAACAGGCGUCAAGCGUUAUCUCACGUCGUGUCGAGGCCGGUCGAGUCUUGAGAUCGCCUUGGUGUGGUAUCGCGGUAUCGCGGGCAGAAUCGCUACCCUUGUGCGACCUUCAUUACAUUGGAGAUCAGACGAACGAUACGCGCCUUCCCUAUUCACCACGACCUCUUUAUUGUUGUCGGCAACAAUAGUGCUCUCUUGCAGCUCUACCUGGCAUUGUCCAUUGUUGAAUACUGAGAAGGUUUUUUGGAUCCCAGCAGUUGGGUAUCUUUUUUGGACUGUUCUCAUUUCACUUGCCUCAACCACGACUCUUCCCCCGACUUUCCAAUCACACUACCAUGUCCACAGCACCUGGCCAGUCAUCCCCAGACAAGAAACCCAACGAGCAGUGUUACAACUGCGGAAAAGAUCAUUGGACGUUGGCUUGCCCCGAACCGCAGAGACCGAUUAUGGACGGCAUUCAGCGCUGGCAGUCGCGGCAUCAAGAGCAAGGUGGUUCCAACCGUAACAACUCAUCGCAAGAGAGACGCGGGCCAGUCGUAGAGCGUUACCCUCCCCCGCCGAAUCACGGACAAGCUAUGGGCGGAUACCCACCACCUUCAGGCUAUCCCGUCCCCGGAUAUGCUGGCAUGCCUCCUGUUCCUCCCGGCUUGCCUCCUGCUGGUCCUCCUGUCUUGACUUCUGGUGGCCCUCCUGGUCUUCCACCUGGUCCUCCUGGCUACACCCCCAAUGGUCCUCCCGGCUUCAAUCCCAGUGGCCCACCAGGUCUGUCUUCUGCCGGUCCACCCGGUUUGCCCCCUGGUGUUGCACCUCGCACCCCAAACCAACCCCCUCCACCUCCACCAGGACCUCCCCCUUCUCAUCCUUACCAGCCACAGCAACCAUAUCCACCAGCCCAGUAUGCUGGAGGUUAUCAAGCAUCGCAGCCACCACAGCAGGCACCGCAGCAUGGUCAGUAUAUUCCACCAGUUCCUCCACAGUAUCCACAACAGUAUGGCCAGCAACCUCCCUACGGCCAGCAUCAAUAUGUUCCUCCAUAUCACCCACAAGCCGGCCCAUAUGGCGGUGCCCCGAAUUAUCCUCCUCAGCAGUACGGUCAGCCAGGUCCGCCCACAGGACCUGCGCCAUAUGCGCAACCUCCUUUUGGCAGUCAAGCCCCGCCUCCACCACCUGCCGCCCCAUACUAUGCUGCCCACGCAGCUGGGUUCAGCCCUCCUCCCCCUGCCACGGGGGCAUAUCCCCCGCCUCCUCCGCCCGGCUGGGUUCCUCCUCCGUUCCCACCCGCCCAUCAGCAGGCAGAUGGCAGACACCAGCACUCGAACAACAAUCGGGAUAGAAAGGACCGGCGGAGGAGGAACAGGGAUAGAAAUCGAAAUGGAAACCGCAAUAACAACGGCAAUGGUAAUGGCAAUGACAGCCAAGGCCGAAAUGGUCAGCGCAGAGACCGGCCGCAUAGCCAGCAAGUCCGGCAGCAGGCGUCUGCGGACGAAAACCAGGUGUCACCGGACGCCAGCCCAGCUCGGCGGCAGUCGGUGACGGGCGGUGACGGGGCAUUGGCGGGCGGUGCGGGAUCGUCGGCGGAUGUGACCAAGCCGCCCGCAGAUGUCGUAAGUUCGUUGGCGGAUGGCAGUCAAGUGCCGGCUGAAGACAUCCCAGCUUUGGAGCAGCCAGCAGUCGAGGGCCGUGAAGGCCAAAAGAAACGCCGGGGGAGGGCCGGGUCGCCAAGUCCACCUAAAGAUCCCAAUGAGUGGGACUUUGUGGUGGACAACAAGCAUGUCUUCCCGGACCUGGACCCAAAGCCCGCCGACCCCGUUGGCAUCCCACUCCCCUUCCACUUCACGGAAGAUCCCACCAUCCCACCGGCUUACAAUGCCACGUGCAUCAAGUCAAAGUACUUCAAUGAGUAUGACUUGAUGGACUUUUGCAAGUCGGUGCGGGACAAGCAGGAGUGGGAGAGGCUGAAGAAUGACCCCAUCUUUCGUCACUACCCUGGCAUGGUGAGGAGGACGUUUCCGCCAGACAAUAGGAUUGAGUACUCCACAUACGAGCCUACCCCUCCUCUUUCCCCUUCUGUUGAGAUCAAGUUGCCACCCAAGUAUGAGCCGCCUCAGCCAGCCUCCCCCGCCCCGGCUCCAGUUGACAGCCGGUACGGUAGCGAGUAUGACAGCUUUGAAGACAAAAGAGGUAGACGGGAUGACCGCUCCGUUAGAGAUGAUGAUGUCGGCUUCCGCUCUCGCCGUUCGCCCCCCCACCAGCCCAGGCAUCAAGACUCCCCACGCGAUCGUGAUCGUCAUGGCCAAAGCAGCAACCAAGACCGCUGGUCACGUUAUCCUGAUGACCGCGACAGAGACCGCGGCAUAAAGCGUCGCCGAAGUGCCUCGCCCCCGACCCCAGCCGACAUAACCGCCGACCCUUGGUCCCCCAACGCCGUCGAGCCUCCCUCCACCAAACGUCGCAGUGACGACCACCACUCCGACACCCCCCGCGGGAGUACCUACCGUGACCGCAACGACCGCGUCCCCUACAACAAAAGAAACGAUAGCGGCUACCACAGCGGCCAAUCCCUCGACAAGAUCUCUUCCCGCCGCGACAGCCCAAGAGAGUGGCAGCCACAGUUCAACAGGCGAAUGUCCAACCGGCCCCACGGCUACGACCAGCGCAACCGGUCUGCCACCCGCAGUCGCAGCAGGAACAGCAGCAGCGGCGGUGAAAACGCCAGAAGCCGCACCAGAAGCCGGUCGCCUCCUCCUCCCCGGAAAAAAGCUGCUCGGGGUAGAAGUAGAAGUAACUCCCCUUUGACGUUUCAGGACAAGAUGCUGCUUGGUUUUACUGGAACUGAGAGCUCUGAUGAGGAGGAGAAGGAGGUGGAGAAGAGGGUGGUCAAGGCGAGGAGGAUGGAGAAGAAGAAGCCACCGGUUAAAAGGCCCAAGGUAGCUUCUGCGUUUAAUCGACGUUGGUAGCCGGACUUGAGCGUUUCUAAGCGAAUCUUUGUGAAAGGGGAAACAUCGUGCCUUCGUGGUGGAUUUAGCCAUUUUUAAAAACGGUGUUUUCUGAAGUUGGCGUUUGCAUGCGUUUCUCUUUUUUGAGGUCGAUGAUGGGUUUAGUUUAAGGCGUCUGGGAAUGAUAAGUUGCUAUUUGCAACCGGGAAGUAAGGAUAGACCUGGGAUUGAAGUUAUAUAGCAUUGCGUUGCAGUUGCACAUAUAAUUGUACUUGGGAUGUUGAAUACUCUGCAACUUGUUAGAUGGUAUUUCUUACUAUGACCCUCAUAGGCUCCAUGCAGCAGAGUACCUCAAUCUCAC